AUGAAUAUUCUCAAAGUGAUUAUGUUUAUGUUUGUGGUGAGUGUGGUGUUGCAGGUUGCUUAUGGACAACACCAUAUCCAAUGCCUUCCAAAGGAGAGGGAAGCACUCCUUCGAUUCAAGGCUGCUAUUGUCGAUCACAACGGCAUGCUCUCAUCUUGGACCACUCCCGACUGUUGCCAAUGGGAGGGGAUUCGCUGCACCAACCUCACCGUUCAUAUUAUUAGCCUCCACCUUCCUGGAGACUAUUAUUAUGAUUAUGUUUCUCUUGACGAUUAUUAUGGAUCUAUUUCUCGGCGUUCCAUCAGCGGAGAGAUCCACAAGUCGUUAAUGGAGUUGCGACACUUACAGUAUUUGAACCUCAGUUUCAAUGAUUUUCGAGACACUAAUAUUCCAGAGUUUCUUGGCUCUCUUACCAACUUGAGAUAUCUUGAUCUCUCUUCAUGUGGUUUUAGCGGACAAAUUCCAACUCAGAUAAGUUCUCUUUCUCAUUUGAAAUAUUUGAAUCUUGCUCUUAAUUAUCAUUUGAAUGGUUCAAUCCCUCGUGAACUUGGAAAUCUCUCUCGGUUGGAGUAUCUUGAUCUCAGCUACAAUUCUUUUGAAGGAUACAUUCCUUCCCAACUAGGAAACCUUUCAAAUUUGCAUAAACUCUAUCUUGGAGGAUAUCAUAGUGCUCUCAAAAUUGUCACAAGUGAUGAAUGGUUAUCUAAUCUUAAUUCUUUAACCCAUCUCUCCUUCAAUUCCAUAUCUAAUUUUAACAGUUCUCCUAGUUGCCUUCGAACCAUUGCCAAGCUACCAAAACUAAGAGAACUCAGUUUAAUUCAUUGUUGCCUUUCCGAUCAUUUCCUCCUUUCAUUCAACCCUUCCAACUUCAAUUUUUCUACUUCCCUUUCUGUCCUUACACUUUCUGAUAACUCCUUCACGCAAUCGAUGAUAUUCCAAUGGUUGUCAAACACCACUUCCAGCCUUGUUGAGCUUGACCUUAGUAGGAACCUCUUGAAGGGUUUGACAUCAAAUCAUUUUGGCUUGACCAUGAAUUCGCUUGAGCACCUUUACCUGUCUGGAAAUGUGUUCAAGGGUGAAGAUAUGAAAUCAUUCAUGAAUAUAUGCACCCUACGUUCAUUAUACAUGUUUGUAAACAAUAUGACCGAAGACCUUUCGUCAAUUCUUCAUAAUUUCUCCGGUGGUUGUGUUAGAUAUUCACUACAAGAGUUGAGUUUGAGAAACAAUCAAAUCAAAGGCAGCGUACCCAACCUUUCAGUGUUCUCAUCUUUAAAGAUAUUGGAUCUUUCUAGCAAUCAAUUGACGGGGAAGAUACUUGAAGGCACUAGAUUGCCAUCUCAUUUGGAGCAGUUGUCAAUUAGUUCUAACUCUUUAGAAGGUGGUGUUCCAAAAUCAUUUGGGAGCACGUGUACUUUGGAAUUACUGGAUUUGUCCUUCAAUAAGUUGAAUGAAGAUCUCACAGUGAUAUUUAAUCAUUUGUCUGGAUGUUUUAGAUACUCAUUGCGCGAACUAUACUUCAAUGACACAUUACCUGAUUUCUCAAUAUUUUCACAGUUGGAAACGUUGGAUCUAAGCUUGAAUCAAAUUAGCGGUACUUUGCCUAACACCCUCAGAUUGUUCCCAUCAUUAAAACGAUUGUACCUUAAUUAUAACAAGCUGAAUGGGACAAUUUCUGAAGAUCUUCGAUUCCCAACAGAACUUGAGGAAUUAUACUUGAAGUCAAACUCUUUGAAAGGUGUGUUAACUGACUCUCAUUUUUAUAAUAUGACAAAGUUAGAGAGCUUGAUAUUGUCAGAUAACUCAUUAACGUUAGAAGUUAGUGAAAAUUGGGGUUCAACUUUUCAAUUGGAUAAUAUUGAUUUGAGGUCUUGCAAGCUUGGUCCAUUGUUUCCCAAAUGGUUAGAGAAACAAAACAAAUUUCAAAACCUUGACAUUUCAAAUAGUGGGAUAUCAGGUUCUGUUCCAAAAUGGUUUUGGACCAAAUUUCGAUUGUCAAAUUGGGAGAGUAUUGAUAUUUCAUGCAAUAAUUUACAAGGUACGAUUCCAAAUUUGCCAAUAGAGAAUCAUUAUUAUUCUCUUAGUCUUAAUCUUGCAUCAAAUCAAUUUGAAGGUCAUGUUCCACCAUUUUUACGAGGCUCAAUGUUUCUUGAUCUAUCAAACAAUAAAUUCUCAAAUUCUUCUUAG